AUGCUGAGGAAAAUUCAUUCGGCUCUUCACCCGAACUCCUGCAGUCGUGACCUUACAGAAGGUGGCACCGCUUACGAUGGCACGCUGUGUCCAGUUCGCCUGGUCCGCAGCACCUCUAUGUAUGUAGUUGGAGGAGGGAACCACACUUUAAGGGAGUCUUUAAAAAAGUAUAAAAGCACCACAAAUAUUGAGGCAUCUGGAUGCGGCAACUACAAAGAUGAGGACUCUGCGUGGAUGUUUGCCAAGACACAGGAUUUCCUCCAAUAUCUUCAGGAUCUGUUGGCGCUCAGAAAAAAAUAUCUGGCCAGUAUUCAUAAUUUGAGGUGUAUGACAGGAACAUCUGAAUAUUCCCCAAUAUCAACCAAAUCAUCCAAAGCUGGAAAAAAGUCUUCGCCACAAGAGACGGGCAAUGUAAAGGUUUCAAAGGAUAACGAAAAGCAGAAUCCAAACUCGGAUAUCAUAGAUGCUAUAGCUUACUUUGAUUCAGUUAUUGCAGAACUGGACACAGAGAGGAGAAUAAGGACGGCGCCAAGUGAUUUCAAGCAUGCCGAUGUCGACUUUGAUGUGGCCACAAGUAGCAGAGAACAUAGUUUACAUUCAAAUUGGAUUCUACGGGCACCAAGGAGAAGCGCAGAGGAAGUUUUAAGAACCUCCAUAUACAGCCAGUCUUGGAGAAGCAGCAUGGGGAACACGAGUAUUAAGAGGAUAGAGAGAUAUCCGAUCUACCUACCAAAAGCUGUAGAAGGAGCAUUUAACACAUUGAAAUUUAAACCUCGGCCAAAAGUAAAGUAAAGGAGGUUCACCAAUCGCUGAGGACAAUGUAUCUUGGUGCUAAUAAUUCAAAUACAAUGGGACCUCUCAUAGAGCCUAUUGGUUCGAAAAAUGAUGAUCACUUAAAGCAAAAAGCAAUUGUAAGAAUAAAAGGAGGUUUCAGACGCAUUAUAUGGGUGCAAGGCUCUACAGAAUAUUUGAGAAUAUUCUAAAUGAUCCUCUAAGAGCCAAAAUUCUGAAGUGGAACGUAAAAGUCCUCGUAGACCAAUAUUCACUGAUCAGUGGGAUACAGUGAGACUACAUCAAGCUUUUGACAUAAUGCAAUUUCUGUAAACUUUAAAGCGGUACUAUCUUUUUGGCCGGCAGCAGGAUACGGGUAAAAUUAAAAGCACUAUACCAUCGCCCGAGACCAGCACCAAUGCUCACAUCAUCCGAUGGACUGCCUGAUAUUCCAUCCUGGAAGUCCCAUAGACUUGAAUGAUUGUAAAACUUUUACUUCACAAAACCAAUUAUAUAUGGAUUCUAUGCCAAGCUUGAUUGUGACUAUUUAUAGGAGUCUAUGAUGGUCAUAAAAUAGUACGUACUCCCAUUACUCGUUGUAUUGUAUCAGAUGCAGGCGUAGACUGAGGGUGAUGUAGGUGCCUAGGGGACCCAUACCAAUGACUAUAGCAAUGACACCAGGGGUCAAGUCCUGGGAAAAAAAAGUGUGGGAACUCACCCAAGAUUUCCACUCAAGGGCUAGUCCGGCAUGACUCCUGCUAAUGGGAACAGAGAUCUUGCUGUGGAAAAAGUUGCCACACGUUCCUGCACGACUUGAGCCCUGAAUGACACCCUUGGUUUGGGUCCAUAAAUUGGAUCUGAUAAGCACUUAACACUUUGAUUUUUUUUGCCUCAAAAUCAAAGGGGUUUUUCAUCCUAUCCUCACGAUAGGUCAUCCAUAACAGAUUGGUGGGGAUCUGACUCCUGGUACCCCAUCAGCUUUUUGAAAGGGCUGUUACGGUGCAAAGUACUAAAGCAACGUUGCAGUACCUUUCCCCAACAAGGAGAUGCAAGUAUGAGUGCUGGUAAACACUGAAGAGGCUGGGGCAAUCACACAAACAAUUGGUGGAGGUGCCCGAAAGUCGGACCACCACCAAUCCAUUAUUGAUUGUCUCUACUGACAAUAGGCCGUCAUUUUUUUUGAAUGUUGUAAGGUGAAGUUGGCCACAAACCCUUGUGUAAUGCUGUAAUCUGGAAUAGUCAGUCCACCCCUGUAUAGAUGUUUUAUGUAUAUUUUGGAACACCAAACUUCAAUGUGCCAUGUUAAUGUAUGGACGUAAUUGAUAACAACAUUUAUACAUUACAUUUAUUUAGUUUAUUACUUUAAAGUAAUAUACUGUAUGCUAGUAAAGCAGAGAAGGACAUAAAACUGUAUAUGAUGUUCAUCAUGAUGUAUUCUUCAAAGCUUGCUUGGUCUUCCAAAAAGCCGA